CUGUUCUGGCUCCAUAGGCAGCAAUACAAAUGCUCAAGGACCCUGACUGCCCUCCUGCUCCUCCAAAACCUGGUGUGCACCCUCAGCGCUGCUUACAUCAAGAUAUGAGACUUCUGACCUUGUGCCUGUGACCUGACUACGCUUCCUUGCUGCCUGCCUCCUGACCCGUGCUUCGUCUGACUACGCCUCAUCAUCUGUGCCAAGUUUCAUCUUGGCAACCUGUGUGAACGAUUCGUGCCAGGGGUAGCGACCUGGGUGCCGCCUGCCGCAGCAAGUCCAUCCCGCUUUGCAGCGGGCUCUGGUGAAAACCAGUGGCACUUUAAACUCCGCUCCCUGGUACGGUUCAGUCUUUGUUCAUACAGGACAGCAGAUCCACUACUCAGCCGUUAAGCUAUUGAUCCAUGAGCAUCCUAUUGUGAAGACUCCUCAGAGGAAAGGAUGGUGAGGAACAUUGAUGACCUGGAAUUCUGUCUCCCUUCCCAUUCAGAUUCCAUUCUAGCAGGUCUACAGUCCCUGAGGUUUAAUCCACAGCUCUCUGAUGUUACGUUGAGAGUUCUAGGACGGGAGUUUCCAUGCCAUCGUGCUGUGCUGGCUCUUUGCAGCCAAUAUUUCCAUGCCAUGUUCACUGGGAAUUUCCAAGAAAGCAUUUCUGCCCAUGUGGAAAUCAAAGAUGUGGAUCCAGAUUUCUUGGAGACCUUAAUAAAUUUCUCGUACACUGGUCGCCUCACCAUUAACCAAGGCAAUGUAGAAGGACUUAUUCGUAUUUCCAACCAACUUCAAUUCCCUGCAGUGCGCAAAGUUUGUAUCCGGUACUUGCAGCAACAGAUGGAUGCCACCAAUUGCUUAGGGAUAUGGGAAUUUGGUGAAACCCAUGGCUGCCCUGAAGUGACUGCAAAAGCCUGGUCUUUCCUACAAGAGAACUUUGAGGCUGUAUCUCAAGAAGAAGAAUUUCGACUUUUGCCCCCUGAGCGCCUGCUUCAUUACUUAGGGGAUCCGCUGCUGCAAAUGAAAGAAGAACAGAGUCGGGCACAGGCAGUUUUAAUGUGGGUCAGGCAAGAUGUGGAAAACAGGGCUCAGUACCUUCCAGAGCUACUUAGUAUGGCAAGGUUAUCAAGCUUGACUGAUCACUACCUGCAAGAACUCAUGGAUGCUGAGCCACUCAUCAGUGAAUCAGAAACAUGUCGAGCACUGGUCAGCAGGAACAUUGGGCAGGUGACAAAGGGCCAUACUGAGCAGACAUCAGUAUCUCUUCAGCAAGUGUUGGUAGUGGUGGGAGGAAAGGUUUUGGAGGAAGAAGAUGAUGAGGAUGAAGAUGAUGAUGAACCUCCUAGGACAUAUCCAAACUUUGCUUUUUACAAUCCCAAAACCAAAAUAUGGAUGUCACUGCCAGAUUUUCCAGAUUAUAAUAAAUGGGGAUUCUCGAUCACAUCACUAAAUAAUGAUGUUUACAUCACCGGAGGCUCUCGUGGCUCUCGAGAUGAUUCUUGGUCUACACGUCAGGGAUGGCGCUUUGUACUGAAUGAGGGAAUCUGGAAACUAUUGUCACCUAUGAUAAAUCCACGGACCAAUCAUGCCAGUGCUUCUCUGAAUGGAGAAAUAUAUGUAAUUGGAGGAACCUUACAGGAUGCAGUGGAAGUAGAGUGUUAUGACCCUUAUAGUGGGACAUGGUCAUCAGUAAGCCCAGCGCAGAAGUAUGUCAGCAAUUUUACUGCUGUUGGAUGUGGUGGAAAGCUGUACCUGGUUGGAUCCUGUGCCAUUAAGUACAAUGCACUGACACUUCAAUGCUAUAAUCCAUCUACAGACAGCUGGUGUGUCAUUGCCUCUCCGUUCAUCCCAAAGUACCUGUCCUCACCUCGAUGCUGUGCCCUGGGAGGAGCUGUGUAUCUCAUUGCAGAUAACACAAAAAAAGUUUACAUGUAUCUCCCAGAAGUUAAUCUCUGGAAAAAGGUGCAGCUUUUGCAUACUCUUCAUGAGAAUGGAGGCAUGACCUCUGUUGGUUCUAGGAUCUAUGUGACAGGUGGUCAUUGGCAUGGCAUGGCUCGAGAGUACAGUGUGGUGAUGGAAUCAUAUGAUAGCAAUUCAGAUGCGUGGUCUCGAGAAGGUGCUUUGCCAAGCCGGUGGAUGUACCACGGUACAUCUGCCAUCUUUAUGGACACCUCCAGAUGGGCAACUGUGUUCAAAGGACAAACACAGAUGGAAGUUUGAUUCAAAAUUACCCAAAUUCAAAGCAACCAACACAAGUACAAAGAUAUUUAUACAAGCAAGGCUCUGAAAUGGCUAUUGCGUCCUGACAGAAAACUGUAUCUAACAAUAGCCAUGCGCUUCCAAGCUUGCUGUUUUGUUAUGUUGCUGUUGUGUUUCAGAAAUCUGUCCUAUAAUCUGGUGGAUAUUGCCAGGUGAAUUCCAUUUUUACGGAUUGAAGCUUCAUCCACAUUAAUAUAUAGAUUUUUUUAUAUAUAUAUUUUCACUUUUAUAAUUUUAGUAUAAAGUAUAUAGCACACAUUGGUGUGUAUAGCUUUUAUUAAAGGCUAUGGACACCUUUGCAGUCAACUUUCUUAAUAGUCUUCAUGAAAAAUGUCAUACUAUUUAGCUGCUACUCAGAGGAAAAUGAGAUAUUUGACAGUUUUUUUUUUUUUUUGCUUCUCAGUGUUAGUGUCAUGUCGGGUAGAGAUAAGUGAAGCCCUCAGCUCACCAAGACCUCUGUCCCUGCCAUUUGGGGCACCCACCUCCUUAAUUGGGUGUCCCCAACCAUGGUGUCAGUCCCUACGCUACUAAAGUGCUGGGCGUAACAAAGUCAAGGUAAUAAAAAAAACACAGAUGUCAGGGGACAAAAAGGUUAACUUACAGCAGCACAGCACAAAGACAGACAAGGAAUGCACAUACAAAAGUAAAAUGUAAAAUCAGAACAUGUACAUACAAACAUAGAGUCAAACAGGCCAAGUUGGUACCGGUGAGAGUGUUGCAGUACAGAUAUGGUCUGCAGAAGAGUAAUUACAGAAAACAGCAAAGGUCAGAAUACAUAGCAUACAAAGCAGUCUGCAGAGGAGUAUCAUAUAGGCUGUAUAGGAGUAUAUAGAGUAAAUAGAGCAGACAUAGCAAGCUGCAGAGACUGUAGAAGCAAAAGUAAGCAACAUUUUUAAUAAAGACCUAUGUAGAAAAAAUGUUUUCACAAAAAAAUUAAUAAGUAUAAAUCAAGAAUAAAAAAUGCUUUUCAACGGUGUCAAUAGCCUAUAAUUCAAGCUUUUAGAGAGUGAAAAAAUGCAAAUCAGAAUUUAUGAUUCUCAUGUAUAUUGCAAUUAAA